UGGAGAUGUUCGCUCCUUCUUCUCAGCUCUUUUCUUCUUUGUGUCCUUUGUUCUGACAGCAAAGACAAACCAAAGAAAAAGAAAGACAUCAGAGACUACAAUGACGCAGACAUGGCGCGGCUCCUGGAGCAGUGGGAGAUCCAGAACCUAGUGGACAUGUCCUCAGACCUGUAGGAAAUGAGUGAAACUACAACAGCUGACCACUUUCAGACAAAAUCCGGCCUCAUUGUUCCACAGAAGGAUGAUGACAUUGAAGAGGGGGACCUUCCUGAGCAUAGACGGUCUCCUCCUCCCAUCGAUUUUUCCAAAGUCGACCCGUCCAAACCCGAAGAGAUGCUGAAGAUGUCCAAGAAAGGCCGGACUCUGAUGGUGUUUGCCACAGUGUCAGGAGAUCCGAGUGAGAAGGAGACCGAGGAGAUCACCGGCCUGUGGCAGGGCAGCCUCUUCAACGCCAACUAUGACAUCCAGAGGUUUGUGGUGGGCUCGAACAGGGUGAUCUUCAUGCUGCGGGACGGGAGUAUGGCCUGGGAAGUCAAAGACUUCCUGGUGGCCCAGGAACGCUGCUCAGACGUCACUGUGGAAGGACAGGUAUUUCCAGGGAAGGCCGCCAGAAAGAGCGACUCAAAGAACGAGCAGCAGAACGAUGUGAAGAAGAAGAAGAAGAAAAGCAGUAAGGCGGACGUGGAGGGAAACAGGGCCAGUCCUCUGAAACAGGAGCUGUGAUGGCAUCAUCUUCAUCCGUCAGAGAAACGCCAGUGGAGAGCUGCAGCAUCACAGGAAGAAGUCAUGUGACUGAUCAGCUGAGUGCACAGUGAUUGAUCCAGCUGGAAUCAUCCCAGAUCGUUCCUGUAAACAUUUGAUGGGGACAAACUAACUCAUCUGAAGGUUUUUUCCGGUAAAAACCAACAUGCUGAUUUUUCUGAAGGUACCGGGUCAGCAUCAGAUGAUUUUUCACCGGGAACUGUUUGGUUCUGAUCCGGCCGGACCCUGCAGUCCUGUUCUGUUUGAUUAAAGGAGCACAUUCAUCUUUAGUUUAACUUUUUUUCACUGAAUAUGAAAUAAAGAUUUUUUCUAUGAU